AUGCAAAUGGAACCGGCAAAUCAGAUGAAGCCGGUUGUGCGAUCCGUCACAAGCACGGGGCCAAGAGGUCGUAUCCCUCAGCAGAGCCCAGUCACCGCAUUUCUACGUGAGAUUGGCUUGGGACAAUAUGCCCAAGCGUUGCGGACCCAUGGUUUUGAAGACCUCGAGACGCUCAUGGCGAUGCGUGAGGAGCACAUGCGCGAAGUGGGAAUGGCAACGGGGCACAUUGUGAAGCUGAAACGUCAUUUGUGUGACUGCGAGCCCAAUCACUUCUUGGCCACGGCCUCCCCGCUUCGGGCAAGCAUCGGCGGACCGCGAAAAAUCGAUUCGUCUUUGGUGGCCAUGACGGCAGUUCAGCGAAGCUGGCAGCAAGUGAAGGAGCUGGGAACAGAUGUUGCCGGUGGCUUGUUCUACAAGAAGUUCUUUGACGUGGAGCCUUCGGCCAAGGCUUUGUUUCCCAUGUCUGUGCGCUUGCGCUACAAGAAUUGGGAUUCAGACCAGCAAGAGACGGAUGACAUGUCGGAAUCUCCAGCGUUGCGGAGGCUUUGGGGACGAUUCAUUGAGGUGAUUGGCAGUGCAGUUGCUGGACUCCAAGACACGGCGAAGAUGGUUCCCAUGUUGCGAGAGCUUGGGAUGCGCCAUGUUGGAUACGGCCUGAAGGCUGAGUACUUCGACCUGGCCGGCGCAAUUCUGCUGGAAAUUCUGGCGGACUGGCUCGGCGAGAGCUUCAACAAGGAAGUGGAGAAUGCCUGGGUCAUGGUCUCCGGCUUUGUAAUCGCCACGAUUGCCUCGGGCUACAACAGCGCCCUGGAGGGGAUCCGGGCCAAGGAGUCCGAGCUUCGUUCCUUAUCCAACAAUUCCAUGGAGCCCGCGACCCCGUGUUCCGCGGCUGAAGGGUCGAUCCGUCUGCCCAGCGAAGCCGGGAGCACGCACUUGGGAGGAUCCGCUCAUACCCCUACGGCCAUUCAGAGUGGCCGCUUGCAUGAGCCGGGCUCUGCGAAUGACAUGUUUGCGGUCAAGGAGGCACCUCCGAAGAACAUGUACCCUCCUCGCCUGAAGAUGCUCGUCGAUGGUUCUUCGGGUGGUUGCUACGGCAUUGAAUGGGUGCUUGCUCCAAGUGGACGCCUCGUCCACAACAGCGCCUAUGAGCCGCAGUGGCGCCUGGAUGCUCCCGGCUCGAAAGGCGCCUUCGCCGCGCGCUCCGUCACCUACACCUUCAUGCCAGGUCAGGGCGCCGUCGGCGAAGCUUUCGCGCGGAAGGAACUCCUUUUCCUUCAGGAAGUCCAACGGCUGAAUCGGCAUUUGUCUACUCCGUUCCAAAGGGCAGACUUGGCCAAGGAGUACGGCAUCAACUCGAUCCUCUUUGUUCCCACUGCCGACGGGGUCUUGGAGAUCGGUUCGACCAAAAAGUUCGCAAACAGCGAAGACUUCCUCCCUCCGGAUCUCCUCACGGAUUCUCCCUGA